CGUCACGUGACACACACGACGACAACCAGGAAGUGGAGCGGGGACAGUCUGUCGAUUUACGGUGUUGUAAUUGUGAUAAUGGCGGCUGCCAAAAUAUUGACAGACAACCACCUCACCUGUGUCAUCUGUACGGAGGUGUUCACAGACCCUGCCACACUUCAGUGUAAUCACACAUUCUGUAAGUCCUGUCUGUUGAAAUACACCAACACACAGCCUGAAGCAAUACAAGCCAAGUCCAUCCCAUGUCCCUCCUGUAGACAACUGACGAAGGUGACCACCCCUGACAGUCCAGUGGAGGAGUGGGUCAGUCAGCUGAAACCAAGCCACGUCAUACAGGGGCUGAUGGAUGAAUGUGGACCAGGGAGCAAAGCGGCCCAUGUAAAUAUCUGCAGUGUUUGCAAAGUACAAGGGAAGACAACUCCUGCCACCUCGUGGUGCUCCGUCUGUGACGAUGUCUUCUGUGAUGGAUGUCUGGAGAUGCACAACAUGAUGCCAAUGUCACGUGACCAUGAAGUUGUGGGUUUGUCUGAUACUACCAAAAGAAAAGCCAAGCAACGCCUCAUGUGUAAACUCCACAAAGACGAACAGAUUAAGUUGUUCUGUAAGGAUUGUAGGGUGGCCAUUUGUCAUACAUGCUGCAGUAUAAAACACAGGAAAUGUGACGAUGUUGAUACUUUAAAUAACAUGACGCCUGUUGUCAGAGAACACCUGUCAAAUCAAACCCAAGAACUGAAAAUCAAAAUGACAACUUCAGAAAAGAGAAUUACUUUCAGGAAAUCUCAAAUUGAAGAAAUAGAGUCCAAUGCGCAAAUUAUAAAAGAUGAAAUCAGACAAUUACGUCAGAAAGUGGUAGAAGUGAUUUUACGGAAGGAGAAACAACUCCUUGAUAAAGUCGACCGAUCUUCCGAUGAACAAUUACAGGAAUUACAAGCAGAUAUAAAAUCCCAGGAGAUUGAGCUGCAGAUGUACCAGCAACAGUAUGAGUUCACAGCCAAAGCUGUCACGUCCAACUGUGAGGUGGACAUGUAUGCCAUCUAUGAGUCGGUGGGUGAGGAGUCGACAGACAACAGAGACAGGGACAACCGACCAGCGCCAGGAAGGGUUGUAUUUACUCACGACAUGGACAAGCUGAGUAAAGCAGUGGAUGAACUACAGCUAGGGAAGGUUGAAGUUGUCAGAGGUGUGAGUGACCACCAGUCUACCCCUGUUCUACAUCACACUAUUGACUGUAAGGCAGAUAAUGACAUCAGGUAUCCUGAAUUGUAUGACGUCACAGUGUUGACUGUUGAGGGUAUAAAAGUAACAGUAGUUGCGGACUACAAUAACAAAAGCAUCAAAACAUAUCACACAUCAAAACCAAACACACUAAGUAAUCAUCUACUACUUUCCUAUAGUCCUUAUCAACUAGCAAAGCUAAAUGAGAGUCGGAUAGCUGUCAGUUUUCCGGGCAGUCAGGAAAUAGUUACAGUGGAUGUUACUCCAGAUCCUGUAUUGUUGUCAACUAUCAAAACAAGUAAAAGGUACUUCGCUCUAGCCUGUCUGAGUCCUUCACAGCUGGUGGUGGCAGGUACAAAACUACAGUCUCACUAUGUGGACAUACUGGACAUGACAGGGAGGAUACUGAAGUCUAUCAACACGGGUGUCAUAAAGAAUCCAAACUGUAUCCAUGUCACCAGUAAUAACAACUUGAUAGUUAGUAAAGGAUCAGUAAAAUCCCUCGUAUCUGUGACCAGGGAAGGAGAAGCUGUUUUCACCUACACACCCACAGGGGACAGAGCUUUGAGAUGGCCAUUGGGUAUCACAACAACAAGCACUGGGGAUAUCCUGUUUGUAGACCGCGUCUCCCACAAGGUGAUUCAGCUGACAGAGUCAGGGCAGUUUGUCAGAGAUGUCCUCACACAACAGGAUGGUCUGGAAUAUCCUUGUGGUAUCUGUCUUGAUGGGGACGGGUUUGUGUAUGUUACAUGUGAGCGAUAUGUAAAGGUAUUCAAAUUUAACAAGUGAUUCGUGUUUCAAAUAUACUCUUACAAAAAGUUGGUGAAUAUUAUUUUUAAUUUACGAUUGAUAAAGCUGGGAGAUAUAUCGGAGCAAUCAAUGUUGAUGAUAAUGGACAUUUUGAGAGUGCAUCACCACUUACACAAACUUAUGGCCAUAGUAGUUUGUACAGAAAUAGCUCUUAAAAGAUGAUUGGUGUAUGAUGUGAAAACCGUCAAAAUCCAGAAUGACACCGGAUGCACGUGUAUGGGGCACUGCGUUGUGCACGUGCAUCCCAUGCAUUGUGUUUAGGGGCGGUGAUAAAAAGACAUGGCUGUGCGUUCAUAAGAUGUCUGUCUUGGAAACAUUUGUUAACUCUUAUACUUCCUAUCUAAAUUUGAAGUUCAGGUUCAGGCUUUUGUGAAGAGUAUACGGACAUAAUUCGAUCACACAACACAAUAUCUGUUACAAGCCAACUUCAGGUACUGUUUAUGGCUUUUCAUGUAAUUCUUAAAGUUAGCACAUUGACGAAACACUGGAUCUCAUGUUUCAUAACAAAUAGUUUUAAUCACAGAGAUGAGACUAGCGUUGAUGAAGAAAACAGUGACAAACAUCCAUUAUUAUCAUAUUAUUCUUCAUUUUUGCCAGGUCCAAUGUGGUUUAACAUGAUGGUACGACAAAAUGCAGUUAUUCCAAAAUAAUCUAAAGUGCGACUCAUGAACUAUCUAUCCGUAAAAUCGCAUUGAUAUGCUUUUCGGCACUUCUACAGUAAUGUUUAUGUAUUAUGAAUAUUCAAUAAACAUUGUGCAAUAUAGCACAUUCAGUGAAAUUCAGAA